AUUAAUCUUGCUAGAGAAGAUUUUUUUUAACUUAGUUUACUCUAAUUGGAAAACCAACUUAUGCUGCCUUUAUUCUCAUGAUUUUGUUUGCUUUUUUCCUUGCUUUUGAUUUAUAUGCAAUACGCUCACCGUGUGUACGUUCUUGACUGAUUGUAGGUUGAAGGACAACCAUCGGCAGAGCCACCUUUUGGAGAAGAAGAAGAUGAUAUUAAAUCACUCUUCUGGCCAUAUGAAGUAAUUAUAGCUCCAUUUGAAGUAGCACCUUCAUCCUUCAUAGAGCCUCAGCUGCUUCAACAACCCGCGCUCGUUUUGCGAAUUUCCGCAGCAAAUCAACCUCUCGAGGAGCGAGAACGAGUCGGAGAAGGUUCUGCGAUGCCUUGUGGACCUUCAAAGCAGAAAAAAGCAAAAUUAGGUGGUGCAACAAAGAAGCCAACCAAGAAAACAGAAGUGGAUGACGACUCGUGGAUGCCCGAAGGAUGGGUGAAGCGAGUAAACAAAAGGCCGUUGACUGGAAAAUUUCCCGGAUACGAAGACAAGAGAUACUACGCACCGGGUGUUUCAAGAGCAUUCCGGUCAAAAGUUAAAGCUCUGAAAUACAUAGAGCAACAACAAAAUACUACGGCCACAGGUAUAUAUUGGCAUUUAAUCAUUUCUUUGUACGGCUUUUAAUGUCAUUUUCUUUAUUAUGGAAAACUAUGUUGAAGUGUGCUCAUAUUUGAGGAAGUAAGUUUUUUGUUAGAAUAUAGAGGUGAAUUAGCUUUGUCAUAGAAUUUACAAAUAUUACUCGAUUGACAUUAAUAAAAUCUGUGCUACAAGCUUACAUUAAUAGAAUGAGAAGUGGACUAGAUUAAUAUGGGUGUGUAUAUGUAUAUGUACCUUGUGUUAUGUUAUUACUCAUUUAUUGAGUUGGUCAUAUAUAUCAGGUCUGAAAAUACAUGGAGGGGCUGCAGAUUGAGGUGGGCUAAUUAUCUGAGGCGUAACAUUAGAUUUGAUGAUGAGGAUAGAAUACAUUGUAUACUGUAUGCAAGAACCGAAACAGUAAGCAAGACUUCUAUCAUUCUCCAUUGAUUGAAAAGCUUAUUAGUUUCUCUUUCAGGCCAAAAACUCCUUUUAAAUUUGUUUCGAACAAAGUUAGUUGCCGUCGAUUUUGCUUACUUCCUCGGUCUUUUUGCUUUUUUGGAAUUAUGUAGUAGGCUAUGUUUGGUAUUUGUUUUGCUUUCUUGAUUGGUUUUCUCCAUCUUUAAAUCUUUUUAUUCCUUUUUUUCCUUUAUCAUCUCAUCGCAAUUAAUAACGUCAACCUAGGAAAAGCUGGCAAGGCCAUUCAAGCUUGGGUUAUUUGACUUAAUGAUCUCAGUAGUUUUAGUUUCAUGUUUAUCUCCAGAGUUCAAUAGUUUCAUGUAAUGUAGAUAUGGAUUUUUGUAAUUAUUUUGGUCUAAAUGGUGGCAAUUAGAACUCAACACCUUUAGUUAUUUUUAAUAUUUCGAUAAGUAGUGAAUUCUAGGUAUUAAGAGAACCACCAUAUAUAUCCACCAGAUUUGUAUAUUUGUAUAUACUGGCAUGGUGCACAUGCGUUGCACGUGCGUGGUGAUUUUCUCUAUAUAUUAUUUUAUGUUUUUUCUUUUAUA